AACACAUACACCAGAGAGAGAAAAGUGAGUGCGAGUGUUUUGCUUCCGCCAUAACUGAUAAAGUGAGCGAGGAACCAUAAAGCGCUUCACAGGCUGAAGAGAGAGAGAGAUGGAUACGGAAAAAGUGACGCCGUUAUCAUUGUCGUCAUCGUUGCUAUACGCUGGAGAGAGGGAUGGAGAGAGAGGCGCCGGAGGGAAGUUGAGGAAACCGCCGACUAAGAAGCCUCCGGCUACUCCUUACGACCGUCCUCCGUCAAAUCAGUCCGCCGCCCAACGCAGCAAUGGUAGUUGGUUUUCGAAGCUCGUUGAUCCCGCUUACCGGCUGAUAUCGGAUGGCGCCACCAAGAUCUUACCCUCUUUCUUCUCCAAAUCACAGUCCACCGCCGCUCUUCCUCUUUCCAACUCCGGUGAUGACGUUCCACAGGGCACUAAGUUGAUACCAAAUGCCAGUGACAAUGACAAAACCGCUUUAAAUCUUGCAAUAGUUAGAUCCCCUGGAGAAGCAGGUCCUAGCAAAGUUGCUGAUAGAUUCAAGGGCAAUGCAGAAUGUAAUAAGCUGGAACAAGAUAAAACAAGUAACCUGUCUGAUGAUUGUGAAUUUUCUAAAAUUGAGCAGCUGGUGAAAGGGAAUAGAUUUUCAAGGGAUGACAUCAACCGUUUGACAGACAUAUUAAAUUCUCGGGUUGUUGGUCUUUCUGAUGUUGAGCGGGAAAAGCAGCCACCAAGAAUGACCUCUGGUGAAGAAGCUGAAGGGGUUUUAUUGGCCUGUGAAAAUUCAAGAACACCAAUUGAAGGAAAACAGAAAGAGACAGACAGAGCUUUAUUGGGAACCUCAACAACCCUUCUCCAAUCAAAUGUGCGUGUUGAAGUUGGUGCUUCACCAGUUGAUAUUGCUAGAGCUUAUAUGGGAAGUCGGACAUCAGAUAUAGGCCUUGGUUCAUAUACUGCUAUAUCUGAAAAUGAAAGAGUUCUACAACGGCACGAUGAAUAUGCAAUAAAGCCAUUUAUUCCAUCGUCUUCACAUAAGUCAUCCACUUGUUGGCCAGGUGCCAUGGUACAGGAUCAGUAUGGUUAUAUAACCCCACAAAGUCAACGAGGUAGAUUCGGGCUUCAUAAUUUACCACGAACCCCUUAUUCCAGAACUAUUUUCUCAAAGUCCAAGUCCAAGCUGACUCAAUUACAAGCUGAUACUAGGGGCACAAACAGUUCGCCAUCUCCCUUUCAGCAAACUCCUACUCCCCUAUAUGGACGGGUACACAUUGUCUGA